AUCCAGUCCGGGUUUUUCUGGCUGCCCAUUUUGACUGGUGGUGGGGUAAUUCUCCUUCACUAGUGUCUGGAUGAAGAAAGACUAGGUCAGCCAUGUGGAUACGUCUGUUCAACAGCUGAGGGAGGGAGGGAGGGAGCGUGGUGUGUGUAUGCAGGAGAGGGAAGGGGGAGCGAGCGAGAGAGCGCGUGUGUGUGUGAAAAAGGAAGCGGAGUCGGUAAACGUUGAGCUCACUGAUUUCCCAUCCGCGAACUACACUAUCUACUACUUGCACUUAAUGCUCUCCACAUCGAGAGCCGUAUCAUGGCAAACGGGGACUGAACCGAGACGUGCGUUUUGAGAGAAGGUCCCCUGGUGAUUUGUGCGAGAAUAAAUAAGCAAAGCGGGGCCGUCUUUUGUUGAGGCAAGUGCCUUUUUUCCCCUCUGUAUGGGCAUCGGCUGUUAACGGAUAAAGUGCCUGGGUGAUCUUGUUUAGCCCUGGUUCUUGGACUUGGCCCAGGCAAGGGAGAAGGUUCGCCGGGGUCAGUUCGGAGCAGCUGCUGGGAUUGUGUUUGAAGGUGUUUGCAGCAGUCUGUUGGAAUUUAAAGAUUAUCAGACUGGCGGCUCUUGUGGAACUCUGGGGUCGUCGGCGAGGCUGAAUUCUUCCUGGAUCUGAGCGGUAAAUUCAGAAGACUGAAGCCCAGGCUCACCGUCUACCUUUCACGGAGGCCCUGCCGUGAGAGGACGGAGGAAGGCACCUGGAGAAUCAUGACGGCCGACAAGGAGAAGGACAAGGAGCGCGAGAGGGAGCGGGAGCGGGAGAGACGGGAGCGGGCGCGGGAGAGCGAGACCUCGCGGCCGCGGCGCAGCUGCACGCUGGAGGGCGGGGCGCGGAACUACGCCGAGAGCGAGCACAGCGAGGACGAGGACCAGGACGCGGCCGGCGCCGCCGAGGAGGCCUCCAAGAAGAGCAAGAAGAAGACGCCCAAGAAGAAGAGCCGCUACGAGCGCACCGAGAACGGGGAGAUCACCUCCUACGUCACCGAGGACGACGUCGUCUACAGGCCUGGUGAUUGUGUGUACAUCGAGAGCCGGCGACCUAACACACCCUACUUCAUUUGUAGCAUUCAGGAUUUCAAACUGAGUAAACGAGACCAUCUGCUGAUGAGCGUGAAGUGGUACUACCGCCAGUCUGAGGUCCCAGACUCCGUAUACCAGCACCUGGUGCAGGACCGGAACAACGAGAACGACUCAGGCCGGGAGCUGGUCAUCACUGACCCGGUGGUGAAGAGCCGAGAGCUGUUCAUCUCCGACUAUGUGGACACCUACCACGCUGCUGCUCUCAGGGGAAAGUGCAGCAUCGCCCAUUUCUCCGACAUAUUCGCUGCUCGGGAGUUCAAGGCCCGGGUGGACUCUUUCUUCUACAUCCUGGGCUACAAUCCAGAGACCAGGCGCCUAAACAGCACACAGGGCGAGAUCAGAGUGGGCCCCAGCCACCAGGCUAAACUCCCAGAGCUCCAGCCAUUCCCCUCUCCGGGCGGCCAUCCGGUGACGGAGAACGAGGAGCUUGUGUGGAUGCCCGGGGUCAACGACUGUGACCUCCUCAUGUACCUGAGAGCGGCCAGGAGCAUGGCGGCGUUUGCUGGGAUGUGUGAUGGAGGAUCCACAGAAGAUGGCUGCCUGGCUGCCUCACGAGACGACACUACACUGAACGCAUUAAAUACUCUACACGAGAGUAACUACGACGCCGGGAAGGCCCUCCAGCGGCUGGUGAAGAAGCCCGUGCCCAAACUGGUGGAGAAGAGCUGGUCUGAGGAGGAAGUGAAGCGCUUCAUUAAGGGGCUAAGGCAGUACGGGAAGAACUUCUUCAGGAUUCGCAAAGAGCUGCUGCCCAACAAGGAGACGGGUGAGCUGAUCACGUUCUAUUACUACUGGAAGAAGACGGCAGAAGCAGCCAGCUCGCGCGCACACCGCAGGCACCGCAGACAGCCCGUCUUCCGCCGAAUCAAGACCCGCACCGCCACCACCCCCGUCAACACCCCGUCCCGCCCCCCUUCCAGCGAGUUCCUGGACCUGAGCUCGGCCAGCGAGGAUGACUUUGACAGCGAGGACAGUGAACAGGAGCUGAAGGGCUACGCCUGCCGCCACUGCUUCUCCACCACCUCUAAGGACUGGCACCACGGGGGCCGGGAGAACAUCCUGCUCUGUACCGACUGCCGGAUCCACUUCAAGAAGUACGGCGAGCUGCCGCCUAUCGACAAGCCCGUCGACCCCCCGCCGUUUAUGUUCAAACCCGUCAAAGAGGAAGAGGAUGGGCCCGGAGGGAAGCAUAGCAUGAGGACGCGCCGCAACAGAGGCUCGAUGUCGACUCUGAGAAGCGGGCGGAAGAAGCAGACAGCCAGCCCCGAUGGCAGAGCGUCGCCCGGCAACGACGACCUUCGCUCCAGCGGCCGCACCUCCCCCAGUGCAGCCAGCACCUCCAGCACCGACAGCAAGACCGAGCCUGUGAAGAAGCCCAACAAGAAGAUUAAAGAGGAGGUUCCCUCGCCCAUGAAGAGCGCGAAGCGGCAGCGGGAGAAGGGGGCCUCAGACACAGAGGAGCCCGAGAGGACCACGGCCAAGAAGUCCAAGACUCAGGAGCUGAGCCGGCCGUGUUCUCCCUCGGAGGGCGAGGGCGAGGGCGAGAGCUCGGACAGCCGCAGCGUGAACGACGAGGGCAGCAGCGACCCCAAGGACAUCGACCAGGACAACCGCAGCUCGUCCCCCAGCAUCCCCAGCCCCCGGGGCAACGAGAGCGACUCGGACUCCUCCGCCCAGCAGCAGGGCCUCCAGACGCAGCUCCCUGCUGGGGCCCCCGCCCCCCCGGCCACGCCCGCCCAGGCCUCGCCCUCCGUCCCCCAAACCAACACACAACCGCCCCAGCCCUCGCCGCUGUCUCUCAUCCAGCCUGGGCCCUCGAGACUCCCCUCCCCCGACUCGCCACUCCUGAGUCAGGCUCCGCCCCUGUGCCCUCCUGGCAGCCAGACAAUCCCGCCCCCUCCCCCGCCACACCACGGCCCCCUGCAGCCCCUCCCACACCCGCUGGCCGGCCCCUCCCUCCUGCCCCACCCCCUGCCGCCUCAGGCCUUCCCCCUGCCCUCACAGCCUCACGUGGCCCCGCCCCCCAUGCUCCCCGGCCAAUCCCCCACCUCGGGCCUACCGUCCCCCCACGCACCCUCCUCCCAGCCCCAAACCUCCACACAGGGGCCCUCUCAGCCCCCCCGGGAGCAGCCGCUGCCCCCCGCCCCUCUGUCCAUGCCCCACAUCAAGCCCCCCCCGACCACGCCCAUCCCACACAUGCCCAACCCGCAGUCGCACAAACACCCGCCCCACCUCUCCGCCCCACCCUUCCCCCAGAUGCCCUCCAACCUGCCCCCUCCCCCGGCGCUCAAACCUCUCAGCUCCCUCUCCACGCACCACCCGCCCCCCGCUCACCCGCCCCCCCUGCAGCUAAUGCCCCAGGGGCAACAGCUACAGCCCCCUCCCGCCCAGCCCCCCGUCCUCACCCAAUCACAGAGCCUCCCCGCCACAGCCAGCCACCCGCCUCCCCCCGCCCCCUCAGUCUCCUCCCAGCCCCCCUUCCCCUCGCACCCCUUCAUCCCGGGCGGAGCCCCCGUGCUGCCCCCCUCUGCGCCCGCCCCCGGCCCCGCCCCCUCGGCCGCACUCCCUGGGCUCCAGGCCCCGCCCGCCUCCAUCUCCACGCCCCUCCCCGCCUCCCUCAGCACCUCCACCGCCGCCCCGCCCGUGCACAUUAAGGAGGAGCCUCUGGACGAGGCGGAGCUGCCCGAGAGCCCGCCCCCUCCGCCGCGGAGCCCCUCCCCCGAGCCCACGGUCGUCAACACGCCCAGCCACGCCAGCCAAUCAGCAAGGUUCUGCAAGCACUUGGACCGCGGCUACAACUCCUGUGCCCGGUCUGACAUGUUCUUCACCCCGCUGCCCAACUCCAAGCUGGCCAAGAAACGCGAGGAGGCCCUGGAGAAGGCCAAGAGGGAGGUGGAGCAGAAGGCCCGGGAGGAGAAGGAGAGGGAGAGGGAGAAGGAGAAGGAGCGAGAGAGGGAGCGGGAGAGAGAGAGGGAGGCUGAUCGGGCUGCUAAAGCCUCCAGCUCGUCUCACGAAGGGCGUAUGGGCGGCUCGCCCAUGGCGGGCCCCGCCCACAUGCGGCCGUCGUUCGAGCCCCCGCCCACCACCAUCGCGGCGGUGCCGCCCUACAUCGGGCCGGACACGCCCGCCCUGCGCACGCUCAGCGAGUACGCGCGCCCCCACGUCAUGUCCCCCACCAACCGCAACCACCCCUUCUUCGUGUCGCUGCCCGCCGACCCCCUGCUGGCCUACCACAUGCCCGGGCUGUACAACGACCCCGGCAUGCGGGAGCGGGAGCUGAGGGAGCGCGAGCUGAGGGAGCGCGAGAUCCGGGAGAGGGAGCUCCGCGAGAGGAUGAAGCCCGGCUUCGAGGUCAAGCCCCCCGAGCUGGAGGGCCUGCACCCCUCCGCCAACCCCAUGGAGCACUUCGCCCGGCACGGGGCGCUCACGCUGCCCCACAUGGCCGGCCACCACCCCUUCGCCUCCUUCCACCCGGGCCUCAACCACCUGGAGCGGGAAAGGCUGGCGCUGGCCGGGCCCCAGCUCCGGCCCGAGAUGACCUACCCCGAGCGGCUGGCCGCGGAGAGGCUCCACGCGGAGAGGAUGGCCUCCGUGGCCAACGACCCCAUCGCCCGGCUGCAGAUGUUCAACGUCACGCCACACCACCACCAGCACUCCCACAUACACUCACACCUGCACCUGCACCAGCAGGACCCACUGCACCAAGGCGGUGAAUGUCUUGUGUGUCCCCCGGGCUCUGGGGGCCAUCCGCUGGUGGACCCUCUCGUGGCAGGACCCCACCUGGCCCGCUUCCCCUACCCGCCCGGCAGCAUCCCCAACCCCCUGCUGGGCCAGCCCCACGAGCACGAGAUGCUGCGACACCCCGUGUUCGGCACCCCGUACCCGAGGGAGCUCCAGGGGGCGCUCCCGCCCCCCAUGUCUGCGGCGCACCAGCUGCAGGCCAUGCACGCGCAGUCGGCCGAGCUGCAGCGCCUGGCCAUGGAGCAGCAGUGGCUGCACGGACACCACCACAUGCACGGGGGCCCGCUGCCCGGCCAGGAGGACUACUACAGCCGUCUGAAGAAAGAGAGUGACAAGCAGCUGUAGCCUUGGGAUUGGCUGCUGGGCACAGUGGGAGUGUCUCUGAGACUGGACGCCUGUGGAGAACUCUGCCAUGUUCUCAGAACACUUUAAAUGAAGAGAGAACCAGUGACUGGAGAGGAUCUUCUGAACCCCCCCAAAACCCGCUUUCUGGAUUCUGUACUUUUCAUUUUCUAUUUUCAGACAAAUUGAAAUCAUUUGAUAUAUAGCGUGCGCGUAGAGCCGAGACGAUGACAUCAUCUUCAGGACUGUUCCGGACUUCCCUUGCAUGACUUACUCCCUGCAUUUUUUGUAGGUUCUAGAAAAAAAGUCACUUUGUCACUGUGCUUAAUACAUAAACAGAGAGAGCAGUUCAAUGUAUCCAGAAUCUUUAAAGUGCUAUCUGAAAGUCUAGUUAUUUUAAUACAGUGUAGGAAGUUUUCAUAAUUUUAAAGAAAGCUAAAAAUCUGCAGCAUGGCUUUGAGUCUGUAAAUAAUAUAUUAUUAUUAUUAUUAUUGUUAUUAUUAUUAUUAUUAUUAUUAUUAUUAUUAGGUGUGGAUUCCUAACCAAGGCAUCAGACCUUCAGCAUCAUAGUUCUAAAGCAUUAUCCCUUUAUUUGAAAGGGGAGCACAUUGGCAUUAUUUGAGCAGGAAAUGGUUUUGUGGUGGUCAGCGUGCAUCGCAGGGGUUGUGGGAUGACCGGUACAGUAUAUCUCAUCUGCACAACUAACCUGAUCUGAAACGGGUCACUAACCUGAUCUGAAACGGGUCACUAACCUGAUCUCAAACGGGUCGCUAACCUGCCGUCUCAAACAGGUCUCUCCUGUGACGCUCCGAGGCCUCUUUAGUCUCAAUCAGUCAGCUGGCCCGUAUAUGUCUGCUAAACAUCAACUUCAUUUAGAUCUCAUCUGUUUUCAGUUGGUUUAGACAGUGUUUUUGUCCCCUGAGAUGCAGUAUUGGGUACUGGGGGGCCCCACAUUUGGCCCCUGAUGCCGCCCACAUUUGGCCCCUGAUGCCCCAGAGAGACAAACUCUGCAGUUAAAGGGCUUAGAUAACAGACUGGGGGUGUCUUAACAGUAGAUGGUAUCUACACUAUACUCUUCACAGUAUCGAGGCUUUGGGCUGAUUAAGCAAAUGCACUUUUAAACCUUAGUAAUUUCCCAUAAAGAUUCUCCCAUCAAAGGCUGAAGGUAAAGUGUGAUAUUUAUUGAAAUAAAUAAAGGGUAAGAUCAUGAGUGCGACUGUGUUGAAUGGGGACAUACAAUCUAAUCCAGUAUUUCCUGGCAACGGGACCCUGCAGAUAAAACUUGCGGUGGUUUCACUAUCACUGUUAAUGGUUCUAUUUGGUGUUUAUACAUUGUGUGGGUUUUUUUAAACAGAAGAUGUAAGUUAGUGCUAAUGGGGGAAAAUGCACUUGCUCAUUGUACUUCAUCUGUUGUGUUGCUGACUCCAGUAAGAGGGCUUUUCCAUGAGCUGGAUGACAGAUUUCAGUUGGUACCAUGUUCACUGUGAUGCGCGCGCUGUGCCCGGGUGAGGGAGGGGGGCUCGUGCUCAGACCACGGACCAGAGGAGGUGGGCGGGGUUACAGGGGCGGAGACAAACGACCCGGCCACACAUUCCUGGAGUGUGUGGCCACUCCUGUGACAGUGGGCUGUUCACUUGCCAUUGUAGACUGUUAUUUCAGAGGAGUCUUCUGUCAUAAGGCUUGUCAGACCAUGUAUGAUGAAUUUGUGAUUCAUGGCUAAUGCCCUGCCCCCCCCCCUCCCCACCUUCUGUUUGUGUGCAUCUUCUGUAGUUACUGCUGAAAAAUUCGGCAAAAUAAACCAUAAAAGAAGGGUGCCACUUUCAGAGGACAUGAACUUUAUCUGGGUUUUAUCAAAUUAACGGUCUGUGUAAAAGUUACACCAAGCUAGUUUACUAUGAACAAGAGGCUGUGGCUCACUGUUAAUCGUAGCAUUAUUUGCCCUGCCCCUUGCCUACCCACCCAUUUAAAAUCCUACAUUUUAUUCCAUCAUUUUCCUGUCUCUUUGUUCGGUACCAUGUAUUAGAAUUUUUUCUUUAUUUUUAUUUUUUUUCCAUUUUCAAACAUUUUGUUUUUUUUUGUGUAUCAAACCUAUGAUGUUAAGUGUUGUCAAUGGUUUAGCUUCUUGUUUCAAAGCAGCAAUAGCAGAAUGUAAAUUCAGACUGCUAAAAAUUUAUAUAUACCGGUAUCUUGAAGCUUAUUGUAUAUAUUAGUAGUUUGCCAUGGGAUGACACAAUGUAAACAAAUAGUAGAGAUAAUUAAGAAAAGGUGUGAGUCCUGUGUUUUCUCUCCAUUUGAGUAUUUUGUAAUUUUUUUGAAAAAUUUGUGGAGUUAAAAUAAACUUAAGUUACACCACAGAACACAA